GUCUGUCAGGACGAACAUCGCUCGGCUCUUUGACAGAUCUGAAAGAAUAUUCACGGCCAAAGCCAAACGAAUCUGUGAUCGUAUAGAUUUUCCAUUGUCUCGAGCGCUGGUACCUUGGUCAAACUACGAGCGAUUGACGCCCUCAACUGUCUCGUUGCCCGAACGCGAGAUCCAUCAAGAUGUCAAAUCAAGGUUACUACAACAACAAUCCAUACCCUCAAGACCAGCAAGGCUACGGAGGAGGUGGCGGCCACCAAGGCUCCCAAUACGGCGGGCCUCAAUAUGGUCAACAGUACGGCAACCAGGGCCAGGGACAACAACAGCAGUAUGGCUACAAUCAAGACCCACGUCAGGGAUACCAACAGCAGAGCUACGGGGGCCAAGGCGGUUACAAUCAAGGCCCACAGGAUUCUUAUCAGCAGCACGGCCAAGACCAAUACUCGUCCCACCAACAGGGUCAAUCCUAUCCCCAGCAAAAUCAGGGCUAUGGCUACAAUGACCCCAGCCAGCGCGGCCACUCCCCAAACCCACCACAGUACCAACAACAUCAACCCCAGUACGGCGAUGGCGGCGGCUACCCCGGCGCUCCUGCAGGUUAUGCAGCCCAGCCAGGCGGAGCAUCCUUCAAUCCCAACAACCCCGACUCUCAGGACCGAGGCCUGAUGGGCGCUCUCGCCGGCGGAGCUCUAGGCGGAUUUGGUGGUCAUCAAGUUGGCCACGGCUUCCUUGGCACGGUGGGUGGCGCAAUCACGGGCUCCAUCGCCGAAGACGCUCUGAAGAAGAAGAAGAAAAAGUCCAAGGGCGACAAAUAUGGUGGCGGCUCGUCAGGUCAUCAUAAACGCCGGGGCUCUGGGUCAUCGUCAUCUUCGUCUAGUAGCUCUUCCGAUGAUGAGAAGAAACACAGGAAGCACCACCAUCAUCAUCACUAAUCAGGUACGGCUCAUCAACUCGCAAUGAAGGAAAUGAAUGAUGGGUGAAAAGCUCAAUGGGAAUAAGCAGCUUGCGGAUAAGUGAACAGAGAUCUAUCCUUACUUUGGGAAAUACGAGUGACAAACUUUGGGAUCCCGAGAGCUGAGACACGAGAUGAAGAAUUGGCAGAAGCUGAGGGCAAAUACGAAAGGCCCUGUUUCAUCGUCAUGACCUGAAUAGCAACGACAAAACCUCUGGCAUGGGUUAUCCCUCGUAGAACCUAACCAGUCUUUUUUCUCUCA